CAGAGUCCUGAUAAAGGAAUUUGCAUCCUACGAGCUGCUUGGAGCAGUGAGUUUCCAGUUUCCAAUUUACUAAGAUCGGCAUUUGGGUGGAAAUUCUCGUGUGCAAAUUAGUAUUCAAGCAUGGACACUUCUGGGAAAAUUAUAAAAUGCAAGGCUGCUGUUGUCUGGGAAGUGGGUGCACCUCUUUCUAUUGAAGAGGUAGAAGUUGCUCCGCCCAAGUCUCGAGAAGUCCGCGUAAAGAUAAUAGCCACUGGGAUAUGUGGAACAGAUGACCAUGUCCUGACAGGUUCUUUCCCUGAAGUAGACUACCCUGUCAUUCCUGGCCACGAAGGAGCUGGCAUUGUGGAAAGCAUUGGCACGGGAGUGACUUGUGUGAAACCAGGAGACAAAGUGAUCCCUCUUUGCCUGCCCCAGUGUGGAGAAUGCAGCUCGUGUCUGAAAUCUAACACCAACUGUUGCUUGAAAACCCACCUUUGUGAACCACAAAACCUGAUGCCAGACAAAACCAGCAGGUUCACCUGCAAAGGAAAGCAAGUCCACCAUUUCCUUUGGAUUAGCACUUUCUCGGAAUAUACAGUCAUGCCUGACUCUACCAUUGCUAAAAUUGACGAUGCUUCCCCCUUGGAUAAAGUCUGUCUAUUUGGCUGUGGUUUUUCCACUGGUUAUGGGGCUGCCAUCAAUACGGCCCAGGUCACACCGGGUUCUACCUGUGCCAUCUUUGGCUUGGGAGGAGUCGGUCUUUCUGUGAUCAUGGGAUGCAAAGCAGCUGGAGCUUCCCAGAUCAUUGGGAUUGAUGUUAACCAAGAAAAAUUUGGAAAAGCUAAAGAACUGGGAGCCACCAAAUGCCUUAACCCUCAUGAUUUUGAGAAGCCCAUUCAGGAGGUGCUGGUGGAAAUGACCGGUCAUGGGGUUGACUAUGCAUUUGAGGUUGUUGGAUGCUUGGAUACAUUGAUAGCUGCUCUGGAAUCUUGUCAUAUAGGUUGUGGAGUCUGUGUCAUGGUUGGUGUACCUCCUUUAGGCUCUCGCCUCUCCUUUGAUCCUAUGCUGCUUUUUACUGGACGCACCUUAAAAGGGAGUUUUAUUGGAGGCUGGAAAAUGAAAGAUGCCAUCCCUCAACUGGUGUCCAGUUACAUGGAGGCAAAGUUUAAACCAGACGUUUUGAUAACCCACACUUUGCCAUUCAGCAAGAUAAGUGAAGGGUUCAAUUUGCUUCGUGCUGGAAAGUGUAUUCGUAUUAUCUUGUUGUUUUAAACGCCUGGCAUAGGAAGCUACCCAGAUGCCUUCAGUCAUGAAGAAUACUCUUUCUCAACUACUCUUGUUGUCCCAGCAGAAAAAUCACUGGAAAACUAUGUGAAAUGUAUACUCCCCACCCGCAAGAAAAGUUUUUUUUUUUUUAAGCAGCAUAGUGCAGGGAUUCUCAACGUUGGGUCCCCAGAUGUUGAGAAUCCCUCCCAUAAGAUUCUCCCAUAAUCCUCAGCCCUAGUGGCCUUUGGUUGGGGAUUAUGGGAGUUGAAGUCCAAUAACAUCUGGGGACCCAACGCUGAGAAUCCCUGGCAAAGUGUAUUUCACUGAGAACUGGUUUUAGUUGGCUCUGGAUGCUUACAAAUGCAAAGUCAUGCUCUUGGUUCUCUGUCAUGCAGAGAGCACAUGAUCUAAAAACAUCUGUGUACUCAGACUUGAGCAAAGCCAGCCUACAGAAUGCUGUGUUAUCUAAAAUGAUUUGGGCUGUGUUCUCAAAAUGAGUGGUGUGGCUUAAGAAGCUAAUUGAGCCCUGUGCACAUUGGUGGAGCAUGAUGUGAGAACCCAAACUUUCUGGGCAAUCCCAGUAGAACCGCUGCUGCUAAAUAGCAUUUAACCAGAAUCGAUGUUCCAUGGGUGCAUGCAGCACUCUGCAAUUCUGAUUAACUCUUUAACUGCACUCUUCAUCAUCAUGAGAGGAUGGCCUCGGUUGUCCUGGAGGAAUCCUGACAUCACAAUUGCAGGCACAUUGGGGAUAACUCAGUGCUUGAUUUCUUUGUCUUGAGAUCAAGCAUUUUUUCAGUCUUUUGACUUGCUGAGGUCACUCGUAUAAUCAAAGACAGUGUUCUACCCAGGUUUGGGAGCUGUGGGUGCUCCCAACUUUUGAUUAUGUGGAAGCUGCUUCCACACAAUAACUUCGACCCAGGUUUUCCUCUUCCCUUGCUUCCACACAAUCAAAAAUUUGGAACAUACACAGCUCUCAAAUCCAGGUAGAAAACAGUUUUUGAUUGUUUGAAUGAUCUCGCUCAAACUGUAUGGUGAGCAUGGGUAACUUUGGGGGCAAUUGUGCAGAUCAAAGAACAAAUGGUAUAAUCCUUAUUUUGUUUUUUGAGGCACGAGAGCUUUCCAUAUCAGGCCUUUUUGGAAUCUGGCAUAGAAGAGCAAGCUAGGUUUGUGAGAGAUAACUUUGAAGGUAAUUGUCUGGUAUAAAAUACAAAUAUUUACUUCUCAGUUAGGAGAUCAAAGGAGGUUUGAAUGCCUCAUUUCUGAUUUUUUUUUUUUAAAUGGGGGAGGAGAAAAUGGAUAAUUCUUGUAAAUAUAAUGCUUGAAUGUUUUGCUUUCUCUAUUGCAAAUAAAUGUUUUAUAGGAAAUCUGUGGCCAGCAAGUCUUAACAAAAGCUAUCCUUGUGGGCACACUUGUUUUUCAAAAACCACUGCAAUCUCAUGAGCUGUGAAUGCAUGCUUAGUGCUGCUCCACACACACUGCCAUGCAUAAUUGACUUGGUCAGUGUGUAUUCUAGAGCUGUCUGCCCACUGAAAGUUCAUUGUCAGCAAAGCAAAUAGUAUCUGUAUAAAAUUUGCAUAUAAUUAAAACCAUAGUUUGAUGAAAAAGUGUAUUAGGCAGGAUCCAGAUUAAGCUGGUCAUGACUAAGUUCCAUUGAAGUCAGUGGGGUUGAAGCUAGUCAUGACUUAACUGUCUCGCUGAUUUCAGUGGUGCUUAGCCAUGAAAACUUAGUCAAGAUCAGGGCUGUAUCACUUCAGCCCUCCAGCUGUUUUUGGACCACAACUCCCAUCAUCCCCAACCACAGUGGCUGAUACUCAGCUAUGGCGGACGUUGUAGUCUAGCAUUCAUAGGAAGGCCAAUGUUGUACAGCCUUGGUUUAGAUCCUGACCACUUUAUUUGUUCUCACAUGGCACAUCUGUCUGUAUCAGCAGACACUUUCCCAAGAGAGGCAUUCCCUUCUGUGGGAAAGCGAAAGGAAUACCUCUUCUAAAAUGGUGCCUACUAUCUCCUGCUUGUAUAAGUACUCAUCUUAAUUAACUUUAUAAAAAUGUGUUGGUGGGGUGAAUUUUUAGUCAUUUAAAAAGGUUUUAAAUCCAUCAAUUGGGGACAA